AUGGACUCGUGCUUCCCGCCGCUGGCCGCCCUCAGCCUGGGGCCCAGCAAGGGCUGCGGCAAGGCGUGCAAGGCGCCCCCCAAGGGGGCCCCCUUCGGCGCGCCCCCGGCCGCCGUGCCCACGUCGCCGCCCGGGCUGUCGGCCACCACGGACCACGCGGAGGCCAUCGGCAAGAUGAACAUCCUGCAGGACCUGGACCUGUACUAUAUCCGCCAGAUUGCGCACAACCUCAAGGAGCUGGACCUGGAGCAGAAGAUCGAUGUGGAGAUCCGGAUGCGCGAGGGCACCACCCGGCUGCUGGCCGCGUGCCGCCACCAGACGCAGACCCUGGAGGCGGCCAAGUCGCUGCACACCUCCAACGAGCGCAUGUCCGCCUACAUGGCCGAGCUGCAGCGCCGCCGCAGGGCCCCCGCCAGGACGCUCAGCCAGUCGACACCCAGCACGGCGCGGGUCUCCGUCUCGGACCUGAGGAUGCCUCUCAUGUGGAGGGACACGGACCACUUCAAAAACAAGGGAGACCACCGUCGGUUUGCCGUGUUCGUCCUGACGCGGAUCGGCACCCAGAUUUUGGACUCCACUCUCCUUUGCCCGGUCGACCGGUCGCUCACUGACCUCACCUACCCAGAUGUCCAUGUUUUUAAUAAUGUCCCAACUGAUUUUGAGCUUCGCUUGGAAAUUUGGGGGCAUGUUAUGCAGGAUGACAUGAGCAUAGCUUCUACUCCUCACAAAAUCAAGCGUUCAAUCCAUUCCUCCAUCAGCCGCACAGUAGGGAAAAAGUUGGCUGCCUCUCUCAGAGAUGAACUUAAUACUGGUAGAAUUGGACCUAACUUUGAGCUGAUGGCCUCAGCGCACCUUUCAUUAGAUGAUGUGGGUGAUAGUGUGCACACCCAUGAUCUUCAACUUGAGAACGUUGAGCCCCGAAGCCACCAACUGCCCCUCUUCGGUCACUUUUGCUGUCGUCUUGCUGCUCAACCAGAUUGUGUCUCAAGAGAGGCUUACAGUGGCAACGCUCUUCUCCUGGAAUCAUCCGGUGUCUGGACGCAGAUGCAUGGGGCCUUGCAAGCCUUCCGCCUUGAUCUGUGGAGAUCAUUAAAUGAUAAGGAAGCAGCCAAGAAGCCUGCAAAGACUGUUACUGUAGAUAGAGACACUUUGAUUCAGCCUGGUAAAAGCGGUUCUCGAGAAAUCUUAAUUUCCAAUGUUAUUGAAGGAUGUGACAAUGUUGUUAUCCUCAAAGCUGGUUCUGCGGAGGAACAGCACAAAUGGAUUCGAAAUCUCACUCAGCAUAGCAAAGAUCACCUCAGAUGGAAACAAGCUGCACUAGAAAAGAUGGAAAUACAGUCCCCUGGUUCCAACCGUAAUUUUGUGAGGCAGUUACGUCAAGGUUCUCUCUAUGAUGAAACACCAUUAAUAGAAUCAGUUCAAACUGAAUUCGCCAACCACAGGCCCACUGUCCAAGAUAUUUUUGGGCUCACUCCUGCUUCAAGCCUUAGCUCCUGUGCAUCAUCUUCAUCUUCUCCAACAUUCCGAGAAAGGUCACACUCCAAUAGUAAACCUCGACCCAACUCUGGGACUAUAAGAUCACACUGGCCAUUUUCAAGAAACAACCAUGAUUAAAGAUAAAUUUGUGGUUUUACAUUUUCUAGAUCAAGAAUUUUUGUGUUCCAUGUGAAUUUUGUGAGACCAAAUCAUGGUCAGACAGUACCUUUCUAAGACUCUAUCCUUUCAGCCGGUGUGAAAUUUUGUUGUACUGUACUCACUUAUUUUGUGCAAGAUAAGAAAACCCUCAAUAAUAUUUUUUAACUUAAGAUAUUUUUUUAUGUUCCCUUGUGAUUAUGAUAGAUGGUUGCUUUACUUUAAGGUCUCUUUGUUGUAAUGAAAUGCCACCAAUUUUUUCCCUCUCUGAAACCUGUAAGAUUUUGCAAUCUGGCUCAUUUUGUUGGAUGUUUAACAUCAAAUGUUACCUUUAUUUUUACAAAUUUGUUUUUGUUCCCAUUUUAAUAGUUUUUAAACAUUUUUUGUUGAAUCAUGAAGUAUGUGCCCCUUUGUUUAUCCAGGAUGUAAGUGAAGUGGCACCUGAUAUUCUAAUUUGUCAUUUUUUUGUUCUAAUUUUGAUUUGUUAUCUUGCAAAAUCUCAAACUUGAACUAGCUUGAGAACUGUAGGAUUGUCAUGAUAGUACAAGAUUUCUAAGUGUAAAUAGUGUGAAAAAUCUUUAUUUAUUAUACUGGAGUAUGGCAUCAUUAUGUGUUUGAUUUUGUAGGUUGAAGUACAAAAUAAUACUGAUUUAACAGCCAAAUGAUACUAUUCCUCUCAUUGUUACGCCUUGAUUUAAAUUUUACGUUUGAUACUGUUCUCAAAAAGACAAUUGCUUCAUUGCCCUUGAUGAAGGGCAAAAGAAAGUUCAGUGCAGCCUUCUGAUUUGAGACUAGUUUUAUACGCUAAUUUUUAGUUGACCAUUUAUUGGUCUGCAACUUGCUUUAUUGAACUAUCUUAUCAGCAAUUUAUAUUGAAAUGUAUGAACAUGUGCCAAAGGAAAGACAGUGUAUUAUUUGUUCACUUAAAAGUCAUACAGAGGUGCUCCUCAUAGGAGUCUAGUUGUGUGUAUCAUUUUAUUGGAGGUGUAAGCAUGGGCACUAUACACCUGUCAGUGAUAAGUCUGAAUCUGCAAUCUGUUAAAAGUCCAAUGCCGCAAUAAAAUAUAGAAGUGAAUUA